AUGCCUCCGCCGCGGCGGACCAAGAUCCCGCGGAAAGCGAAGGGAAAGAAGAAGCCACCGGCGAAGCCAGUUCGUCGGAGCUCGACGAGGAGCUCGAGCUAUUCCGAAAGUAGCUACGGCAGUGAUGGCAGUUCGUCCCCGGAACACUCGGACGAAGACGACCCCAAGGAGUACAAGAGGGGAGGUUAUCACCCGGUCAUGCCGUACCAGCUUUACAAUGCACGGUAUCGCGUGCUGUCCAAGCUGGGCGCUGGUGCAUUCUCGACUGUCUGGCUCUGCACGGAUGAGAAGGACUCCUCCCAAGAGCCACGGUUGAUCGCCAUGAAGGUGUGCAAGUCGAAGAAGAGCGUCACGGAGCAGGCUCAAGAUGAGGUCAUGCUACUCGAAAGGCUACAUGAGGACGGCAGCUCGCCACACGUGGUGAAGAUGCUGGACCACUUCUGGCACACCGGCACGAAUGGUCGCCACAAGUGCAUGACAUUCGAGGUGAUGGGGGAGAACUUGUUGGCGUUGGUCCGGCACCACAACUACGAGGGCCUUCCCCGAGACCUCUGUCGACGUCUGUCAAGGCACACGCUGAAAGGCUUGCAGCACAUCCAUGCGCGCGGUGUCAUCCACACGGAUGUGAAGCUCGAGAAUGUUCUCAUAUGCCGCCACGACAUGUCGGUGCUCGUGCAAGAGGCAUCCAGGGCUCAUCGAGCCUUCCAGGAGCAGAAGUCGGGCCUGGAGACUCUCUCAAAAAGCCAGAAGAAGCGAAUGAAGAAAAAGCAGAAAGCCAAGGACGCAAACAUCGCUGGCUCCGAAGACCCCAAGACAGAGGCUGCGGCAGAGGAGGUUGAGGCGGAGGUGGCCGAGGUUCCGCAGGCAGAGGUGGUGAACGGCGUGAACAGCGUGAACGGCAAGGGUAAGGGCGAUGGAUAUCCGAAGCCGGAAGGGGAGGUGCCAGCAGCUGGCAAUGUUCCGGGUGAGGCACCUCCGGGGCAGCCCAUACCUCCAAUCAGACAAAGAGAUCGUUUCGAGAACCUUCAGCUCGAGGAGACCUUCGCGAAGUUGGCGGAUUUUGGGAACGGCAUAAAGGCAAACAACCCGGUGACGGAUGACAUUCAGACGCGGCAGUAUCGAUCUCCCGAGGUAAUCAUUGGGGCCAAGUGGGACGAGACGGCAGAUGUCUGGAGUGCAGCCUGCAUGUUCUUCGAGCUGGCGACGGGCGACUACCUCUUCGACCCCAAGAAGGGGGAGGACUGGAAUCGGGAGGAGGACCACUUGGCCCUCAUCGCCGAGUUGCUCGGAGACCUGCCAACGAAGGAGUUUGCUUUGUCGGGGCGCUACUCCAAGGACUUCUUCAACAAUGCGGCCAAGCUCAAACACAUCAAGAAGCUGAAGAUGUGGCCUCUGGAGGGCGUCCUCCAGGAGAAGUACCGCUGGGAAGAGGCCGAGGCUCUGGAGAUGGCGGACUUCCUCCUGCCGAUGCUGACAUGGCAGCCGAGCCAGCGGCAAGCCGCUUCCGAGGCCUUGAAGCACGCCUGGGUGCAGCCGCGCAACGGCGAGACAGAUACCUGGCCCGUGCCUCAACGGUGCGAUGGCUUCGAGAAGACAGAACAGGUGUCCGAGAGCAUCCAGGAAGCGCCUGCAUCGCCUACCAGCCCCGAGCAGGUCUGA